AUGGACCCUGUGCAGGGCGGCGACCGGCGCUCCGAGGAAGGAUUUACCGACAAGAUAAUCCAGAGCACAACUUUUUUGUUCUCUUUUUUCUUUUCAGAUUGGUACACACCAGUCCAUCCGCUCUUUCCCCAAACCCUCCUCAUACCCGUCAAGAUGUGUGGUAUCAUUGGUCUUCUCCUUCACGACCCUCUGAACACUCAGACUACCCUCGCUGCUGCUGAGCUUGCCGAAGGUCUCUCCCUUUUGCAGCACCGAGGUCAGGAUGCUGCCGGUAUCGUCACCUGCGGGUCGGGUGGUCGAUUCAAUCAGGUCAAAGCGAACGGGAUGGUCAGAGAUAUCUUUGACGAGGCUGCCGUCGCUGGCUUGAAGGGUUGGAUGGGUAUCGGACAUGCUCGUUACCCCACUGCUGGAAGCUCCGCCCACGCCGAGGCUCAGCCCUUCUACGUCAACUCUCCCUACGGUAUUACCUUUGCUCACAACGGUAACAUCGUCAACACCCCCGCUCUUCGUCAGUUCCUCGAUGUCGACGCCCACAGGCACAUCAACACCGACUCUGACUCUGAGCUCCUCCUCAACAUACUUGCCAACAACCUCCAAAAGACUGGCAAGUUCCGUAUCAACGAGGAGGAUAUCUUCACCGCUAUCGGAGACCUCACCAAGACUUGUGUCGGCGCCUACGCCUGUGUUGCCAUGAUUGCCGGUUUCGGUCUCGUCGUCUUCCGAGACCCCAACGGUAUCAGGCCCGCUGGUAUCGCUACCAGGAAGGGCGCCAGGGGUGGUCUCGACUACCUUGUCGCUUCUGAGAACGUCGUCGCCCAGGGUCUCGGUUUCUCCCACUGGGAAGACGUCAAGGCCGGUGAAGCCAUCAUCAUCACCCGUGAAAAGGUCACCCGCCGACAAGUCGCUACCCCCAGCACCUUCUCCCCCGACAUCUUUGAGUACGUCUACUUUGCCCGACCCGACUCUACCAUCGACGGUAUCAGUGUUUACCGAAGCCGAAUGGCGAUGGGAGAGUACCUUGCGGAGACUGCCAAGGUUGAGUUGGCCAAGGCGGGGUUGAAUGUGGAUGUCGUGAUUCCUGUACCGGAUACCUCGAGAGUGGCUGCUUUGCAGCUCGCCCAACAUCUUGGUAUCCCUUACAGGGAGGGUUUUGUCAAGAACAGAUAUGUUGGAAGGACCUUCAUCAUGCCUGGUCAGACUCAGCGACGAAAGAACGUCAGACGAAAGUUGAACGCCAUGCCCAUGGAGUUUGCCGACAAGGUCGUCAUGCUCGUUGACGACUCUAUCGUCCGGGGUACCACCUCCAAGGAGAUUGUCCAGAUGGCCAAGGAAGUCGGUGCCAAGAAGGUUAUCUUUGCCUCUUGCGCUCCCCCCAUCCGCUUCCCCAACGUCUACGGUAUCGACAUGCCCUCUCCCCAAGAGCUCGUCGCCCACGGCCGUAACACCGAGGAAGUCGCCACCGAAAUCGGCGCCGACCUCGUCAUCUUCCAAACCCUCGACGACCUCGUCACCUCUUGCAAACAAUUCAACCCCUCCAUCCCUCAAUUCGACUGCUCCGUCUUUACUGGCGAGUACGUCACUGGUGGUGUCGAUGACCGAUACUUGGAGCACUUGACAAAGUUGAGGAACGACAAGGCGAAGGCGAAGAAGACGCAUCAGGCGUUUGAGCAGGCGGAGGCAGAGUAUGGGUGCAGUGGACCGAUGAAUGGAUCGGACGCGCUCGGGUCGUCGCCCAAGAGGCAAGACGCCAUCCUUGGGCUGGGUAACCACUCGCCCAAGAUAGGACCUACGGCCAUGAGCUCGCCCAAUGACACCGUCGGCCUUCACAACUCUUGGUUCGGCUCAUAG